AUGUCGUCCCGGGCAUCCGCGCAGACGAUCCCAAACGGUAGUGAGGAUGACAGGCUCAAGAGAAGCGUCCAGAACUUUAAUAAGCGGAAUAUUCACAACUGCAGCCAUGGCUUCUCGUCGAGAUUCCACAUGCAGGCACAGCCAGCCUUUGUCAUUCUUGGCCCACGUGUAUCUGCAAUGGGUGUUAUUCUGCGCAUCUUGAAGGGUGCAGGAGAAGCAUACCUGAGAGGUAGACGAAUCGUGCAUGAUAAGUCGAAUGUUUUGAGAGAUGGUGUUUACUAUUCUCCAAUCGCCUGCGUCAUGGGGCUUGACAUGAGGCCUUCUGGCACAAAGGAGGCUUGGACACCCCCAGCCAUCCAACUUCAACUUUGCAUCAUCACGUCGACGCAUAAUCCCAUCAUCACUCCAUGCGCGAGACAACCGGUCGAAGCCCCUUCAUCGAUGAUUUCUCGUACUCUCAGUGUGCAGCCUAGUCGGGAGUCCCCGCACUGGGAUGACCUCAGGCACGACCUCAGGCAAUGUUUACGCAGCGUUAUUCGGGUAUUCAAAAUAUUUGAACAUGCCUUCGACUCUCCCAGCAAUUCUUGGCCUUGUAAAGGCAGGGGAAAGCUGGUGGCGACACCCAGCGCAGAUCCUUUCCUCGUGGAAAAGUCCCUGACGAUAGCUAUGCGCGCUACACACUACUGCCUAGACGACUUUUGCAUAGACCAGGACUCUCUGAGGCCUCUGCAGAGUAUACAGCGGCAGACAAACCCUUGGCUCCCACUUACACCUAUCUGGGCGUCUGGCUCUCUUCAAUGUCUUUUCCCCAAGAACCCUCUUCUGCGGACCAUACGCAGCUUUUUCAACCCUUUGCCUUCUUCGUCUUCGUCUUCGUCUUGGUUUGACAGCUUCUCUCAACGGGCUUCUCGCUGGUUCUAUGGGCUACAGGUCGCAGAAAGCAAGUACUCGACGGAUGCUCUAGUUCGUGCUCGAUCGGAUAAAUACCCAAAAACAAGCAGCCACAGGGGGGUCACCUCUGACGACUCUAUGUGCAUCGAGGUUUUUGCCCCGUACUUUCAACAAGAAAAGACAAGAAAUGUGGUCUUGACCCUUGACAGUUCAUCUCAAACGCUGAAGACGUCUGGUCAACCAGGCCCUAGCUGCUCGCAAUGUAGUUCCUUUGUCAGACAGAACAGAAAGGAUACAUGUAUCAACGGACCGUCUCCUAUUCUUGAGGAUGCAAAUUAUAUCUUGCAAGUGGUCGGGCUGAACGGACACGAGAAAACGAUCAGAAACUAUUUACACAAGUUCAAAGGAAAACUUGGCAGCAGUAACAGCGACCCGGAAGACAACGCAGGUUUUAUCAAGAGGACAGAAGACAGCAGUUCAAGAGCUCCAGCGGACGGUGAAGCUUCACAAAAGCCACCAAAAAGGCAGAGACACCACGAUCAGCAAAGUUCUCACUACGACGAAGGCACGAACGGGCCAGUCAAGGGCUACAAGAAAAGAAAACAAGAAUCAGGAGAGAAAGAAGAGGGCGACUCUGACGAGCUCGGCGAAGCAAACGGCAAGACAAAGAACGGGAAGAAAAGAAAGGAUGAAGAAGAGGAAAAGAGGAAAUUCGCUUGUCCUUUCUACAAGUACGAUCGGCAGGCAUUCAUGAGUUCACGAACAUGCGUCGGCCCUGGCUGGGAUAGCGUCCACAGAGUCAAGGAACACAUCUUUCGCCGACAUAUGUUGACAAGCACCCAAUGCGAGAAGUGCUUUGAACAGUUUGAAACUGGGCCUGCGUUUGACGAGCAUAUUCGGAAUUCAUGUCGGAAGAAACCACCAUCGGGAUCCUAUGGCAUCAACAAAGAACAGGAGAAGCAGUUAAGGAGCAGAAAGAUGUAUCAGAAAUCUUUGGACGAAGAAGAGAAGUGGCGUGCGAUAUACAGGAUCAUCUUUCCAGACGAGAAAAACAUUCCAAGCCCAUACUACGAACCAGAGGUGCCGGAAAUCCCAGAUAUUUAUCAACAGAUGUUGAUGCAGGACCUACCUAAAAUUGUUACCAGAAGGUUGACAGCGCCGCAAUCAGGUCUGGCGGAGCACAUCUCGCCGAAUGUGAUGGCAAGCCGGCAAAGCUCAAUAAGUCAAGCUGGCAAAAACCUAAAUGGAGGACUUGCCUUGAUGGGAUCAACUCGGACCUCGGGAGAAACACAGCUGGAACAACAUAUCCAAGAUGCGGUCAAGGCCGCAGUGAAAGAGAUGCUCUCGCAGGUGCCGGGGUCAAAGGACUCCAACCUGAAGCCGCAAAUCAAUGUUAAAGGUCCAGAGGAAGAAUUGGAUGGAUGGAUGAAGGAGGAACAAGUGCUGGUUGCAAAGCCAACUCGGCGAGAAAGCAACCUGCUGCAACUCCCAGGUGUGGCCGGAACUGAGUUGAAGUUUGACCCGCAAACUCUGUAUCCAACACCAAGGAGCAGGAGCUCGACGUUCAGUCGAUCUCCAGAAGUGUCAUUAACAGCUGUGGCUCCCCAGGAAAAUGGCUUUUAUUCUCAUUUCCCCGAGAACAACUCAGGGAAUAUUCUUCAGGAGAUGACGACUGAAGGACGCUUGUUUUCCGAGUUUGGCGGGCACAUCAGCACCACCAGUGCGGAUUUGGGCAAUCAUUCCACUGCCCUGACGGUGCCCGAGUUCACUUCCGCUGGCUCAGACUUUACCCAACUUGCUACUGAGACAUCAAGUCUCCAGAAUCAACCGCUCUCGUCCUCUCAAAAGGCAGAGUUGGAUAGCUAUACACUUGGCACCUGGGGAGGGUUUUCGCAGGCUAUGGGCGGCUCGGAGUAUGACUCUAUUUUCAGCUUUCCAGAUAGCAACUCCCUUGAGACUUUUAACUUCCAGGAGCAGGCUCUCGAAUCACUGAUCCAAGAUGAACACUGGAGCAAUGAGCCUCACCUGUGA